UGUUGUCAUCGAGGGGCCGUGAUUUUGCUCUCCUGAACAAGUUUCCUCGCGGUCAAAGCGGGUUUUCCAAGCUGUAGUCUAACACGCGUAAGGAGAGUGUCGACGGCGAAGAAACGAGAGGGAGAGGGCGUUUGUUUUAUAUCGCUCGUUGAUGCGUUUCGUCUGUAGGCUGCUUGUCGCUAAGGCGGAGGGUAACGUACGUCAGACGGAUUGAAUUCCUGUUCGCGAACGCGGUGGCGACCCCGUCGUCUCGCACGGUGCACUGUGCAGCGACAUUCGUUUCACUUCGUGCGCUCAUUCGGACUCCGGACUCGCAUUACCGUAGCCCCUGGCUGGCGAGCCUCGCGCUUUCACUAUCGCUUGUUCUUAUGGUGUGCGUUGUGUGAACCUCUCUGGGUUGUGCGCGAUAACGCGAGAGUUAUCGUUGUCGCUGCUUCUCAGAUUACGCGACACGGCUACUUUUUUUUUCUCAUCCAGUUCACCAUAAAGCAAUUCCGUUUUUCUGCCGAGUAAAGAGGUGCGCUAUGUUUAGCUUAUCUCUAUGUAGGUUAGAGUGAGAUAUGAUAAGCGUGGUUGCGAGGAUUCUCGUGACAGCGUUGCCGAUGACGAUUCUUACUCCUGCUCUCCCACCCCGAUAACCUCCUCAGUGCGCAUGAUCUACAUACACGCGCACAGUGUCCUUUGCAUUGAUGCCCACGCAAGCUCGAUUAUGGCUGAAUUUAGGCCGGACCUUCAACUUGGGCCUGGGAAACCUUGGAAUGGGUUUGACUGUCGCGCUCACCGGUGUGGCUCUGCUGGACCUUGUGGAAAUCUACGACGCCAGUGUCUCAAGCGUAUCCUAUCUGAUCACUACGCGUGGCAUCGGCAACCUCAUAGGCUCUCUGUUAGGCGGAAAACUGUACGACACCUACAACACGCAAGUGAUAUCGAUCCUGACGAUGAUAUUGAGCUCAAUCACAGUGCUCAUGGUUCCCCUGAGCGGGUACUUGGCAGUCGCACAUGUCAUGGUGUUCUUCGAAGGCCUCAGCUUGGGCGCAUUUGGCACCGGCGCCAACGUAUGGAUCAUCAGGAUGUGGCCCGAGAACAGUAGCCCAGCCCUCCAGGCUUUCCACUUGGCUUUCGGCAUCGGCGGCCUCAUCGCGCCAUUCAUCGCCAAGCCGUUCCUCUCACCAGCCGCCGGAGGCAACUCGAGCAGCAUUCUGAACGACACGUUCGGAAUGGCCGAACCGGCUUACCUGACGGCAAGCUACAAUAGCGACCUCUCGAAAGAACUUCUCGAACUCGGAAGCGAGAGCGAGCACGGUUCGGGCGAGAGUCAAGUUCACUACGCUUUCGCAAUUGCCAGUGCCCUAAACGUACUGCUGGUGAUCUCGAUGAUUGUGCUUUACUGCGUAGACAGGGCCGAUUUCAAGCCGCAAGAGCCGAGCAACGCGGACGCAGCCGAAGCAGUGAUAGCGCAGCCAGCGAGUGCCGUCCGGUUCACCCGCACAGUGCUGGCGAUGCUCUGCGCCUACUUGUGCGUCUACGUCGUCCUGGAGUGCUCGUCGUCCGAGAUGUUCGCGCCGUUCGCGGUGAAGAGCGACCUGCACUUCACGAAGGAGGCCGCCUCGCGUGUGGUCGCAGUCUUCUUCUUCUGCUUUUCUGCCGGUCGCCUCAGUGCUGCCCUGCUCACGAUCAAGGUGUCCGUUUUCUGGAUAAUCAUCGCGUCGCACAUCGUCCUGCUUCCCACGGCGGUUGUCCUCGCGAUGUGGGGUUCCAGUAGAGCCACGGUGCUGUGGGUGGGCAGCGCCCUAACUGGCUUUGCCCAGGGACCGCUAAACGCGGGAGUUACGGCGUGGACGGCACAGCACAUAAGUAUCACAAACAAGAUGAUGUCGCUGGUUGUUGUUACUGGAGGCGUCGGUUCCAUGUCCCCGCCUCUUCUCGUGGGUCAGUUCCUCGAAAGCAACCCCGAUGUUUUUCUCUACGUGUGCCUCGCUGCCGCUUCGCUCUGUAUCGUUGUCUUUGUUACCAUGUGCAUAUACGUGCGAGAGACGACGCGGUCGAAUGAAAGCGAAGCGCUGCUCGUCAGCGUAAAUCACGGGGCCUCUCAAGACAGUCUUUCUCCUCCUAUUCGUUUUUGAGCAUCGUAGCGAGUGUGCGUCUUCUCGUACCUCGAAAAAAAGAAUGUGUAUCUCUUGUGAAAAAGAGUAGCGAACAAACUUUUGCAAUGGUACUGGAAACGUGUCAGCCGGGUCAAGAACGAAACAAGGCAAUCUUAAGUAAAUAAUUAGGUGACUUAGGGAAGCACUCUUACGCCGAGUUCCAUGUCUUUCGGUACUUUAUUUUCUAUUCUGGAGAAGCUGGUGUAUGUGGUUGGGGAAAUAAGGUACCGACCACAACAGCAGUUAAUGCUGCACAAGGUCUCUAUGUGGUGCGCUUACCGACAAACUUCACCAAAAUAGAGCACACAUAGGUAAUUUUAAUAUAUUGCAGCUCUCACACUACUGAGAAGCUUUCCAAAUACAUAUGUGGCGUAAAAGCGUAGUGAUUUAGCUUUGUAAUCAUUGUUCAGGUGCUGUCGCCAUUUGAUUUGUUGAGUUUGCAUUUUCACCUUUGGUAACAGCUGCAACCCACUGUCUUUUCCAAAGUAUUGCGAAACAUGGUCAAAAACACCAUAUUUUUCAAGAAAGAAAAAUAAUGAAAGAAGUGCUGGACAUAUGACUGACUCGAUAAGGCGGCCUUUGCCACUUUACGGAAUCACUUUCGGAAAAAAUAUGAAUUUCACGCAAUGUCAUAUGCAAUCGUUGUUCAUCGGAAUUGCAGUUCGAAGUGUUCCGUUUAUGGGCGUGCUAAUAACUGGACUUCCUACAGGUAGGAUGAAAACUGGGCCUCUUGCUCUGUGCUCUCGCUUAUAGGCUUCUCUGGUACAUUACUCCAUGGAGUGCUGCGCUCAUGUUUUGUUUUCUGUUCUUUUUAUUUUUUUUAUCGUCACCAACAGGCUGGAUGAGCUACAUGCUGACAGCGUCAGUGAGAGCGUACAAUCCCUUGUGACUUGCUAUAAGACAGCAGAUUAUGAAAUUAAAGUUAUGCAGUUCUUAUGGGCACUGCUGAAAGUACCCCAUAACGGAGACGCAACACUCCCCUGCGCGCGCACAACAUUUGAACGUGCACCGCGCAUACCAGCGAAGCUUCGCUGUGCUGGGGCUUAAGUGCACUCUCGUGGCAUAUUCGGGUGGUCGUCACAGAGGGCUCUGGACACGCUACGUACGUAGCGGGGUGCAAAACAUAUUUGAAUCUUUAGUAUAAGAAUAACCGUACAAUGAAUUUAUAAUCCUGCUUUGUUAUCACCAGUGCAACCCAGUAAUGCUAGAAUAACGCUUAGUUGCUCUUCCGCACGACUUUCUUGGGACUGCGACAGCGUUCUGAAACAACCACUCGAAUAUGCCCUUAUAGUCUCAUUGUAUCUAUGACGGCUUCAGCUAUGAGUGAAUUAAUAAAUUUACUUCUCCUGUUUACAACAGAAAAAAGGCAGAAGCCAAAGGUCGCAUGGUCUGACUAAAGCUUCUGCUCCGACAGUACUGCCCGCAAGCCGUACGCAGCCCACAAAUCACAGACAUGCAGAAAUUAAAUCGGAUGUCGCGAUAUAGUACGUUGUUUCUUUCUUUGCUAAAAAAAGAACACGUACAAAAAAAAGACAAAGAAAUGACCGAAUAUACUCAAGCUACAACUUAUGUAAAAGUACAACUCUAAAUUGAAAAGGAAGGAAAAGUAAGAGAAAAAAAGGAGACAAUAUAACUGACAGUUUAUACUACUUCUUCAUUCGGGCAAACUCAUUAUUGUUCGCAAUGAGAAGAAAUUUAUAGAAUUUAUUAGAAUCUUCCGUAAUUUCGUAAUCAUAAUCAUGUAGGCGAUUUAAUAGUGAAGUUGACUGAUAACUGACUAGUUGAUUUCAGCUGUCUCGAGGUCGAAUUGUUUGUUUAGCGACAUACAGAUUGUACAGCAUCUCAUGAAGCGAAAAUUUAUGUGCUUGGGAGUGGAAGAAUCGAAAACCUCAGGAAAAUUUACAAUUUACCGCUUCGAGGAGGCCCUUUUUUUCAUCGUUAUAAAGAGAAUCACUGCAACGUGUACAUUAUCGCUGAGGUCAUAGGUGGAUGGAAAGUGUUCAUUUGCCCGGAGGGGGAGGCGGGAGCUGAGUCUCGA